UGCACAGCUAAUACUAAUGGCAAAUGCGAAAAAACAAAACCUCCCAAAUAAGGAAACAAUAUUAUAGAAGAGAAACAUAGAAAGCGAAAGAACAAAAAAUCACCUCCUUCAAAACCUGAGUUUCUCUGAAGAAGAAAAUAAAAGAAAAUUUUCUGAGAAAUUGGUAUAUUUUUUCGUUUUCUUCAAAUUUUUUUUUCCUAUCAUGGCAGCUGAGAAAGAAAAUGAGAAGGACACAGAGUUUUUCUGGGAAAACGACGACAAUUAUGGAAGCGAGCAGGAAAACGACAUUGAAGUUAACAGGAUUGAGAAUGAAAGCAGUGCUAGCAGCAGCGAUUUAGACGAGCCUACGAAUGGAGAGGGAUCGAACUUUGGUGGUUUUUCUUCCCAACAAUGGCCUCAGAGUUACAAGGAGACAAUUGAUUCUUACACAAUAGCAGCAUCGCCGAAUUUCGGAAGUAGUCUUGGACAUGUUCGGAGCAUUAUAUACUCGAGCUUCGGCGGCCAUAGCAAAGAUAGUUUAGACCUUGAUGGAAAGUCUCCUUUACUGUCUGAUAAAAGUUAUCAGAAGAGUGAUUUGGAUAGGAUCUCAAGAACACAAUCCUCAUGGUCAGAAAAAUCCCAUUUGCAUAAGCAGCUGACCGGAGAGUUACCGAUUGGUCAGGGAUGUAGCUUCACUCAAACCAUAUUCAAUGGAAUAAAUGUGAUGGCUGGAGUUGGGCUUCUCUCUACGCCGUUUACCGUGAAAGAAGCUGGGUGGGCAAGUUUGGUAGUGCUAGUUGUAUUUGCUGUCAUUUGUUGUUACACAGCCUCCCUCAUGAGGUACUGCUUUGAGAGCAAAGACGGCAUUGUAACAUAUCCCGACCUGGGAGAAGCUGCAUUCGGAAAAUAUGGUCGUUUGAUCUUAUCUAUCAUUUUGUACACCGAAUUAUAUUCUUAUUGUGUGGAGUUCAUAAUUUUGGAAGGAGAUAACCUUACCAGUCUAUUCCCUGGGACAUCCUUAGACUGGGGCCAUUUUCAGCUCGACUCGAUGCACUUCUUUGGAAUUUUAACUGCCCUGAUUGUUCUACCAACAGUAUGGUUGAGGGAUCUCCGCGUGAUCUCGUACCUUUCAGCCGGUGGGGUCAUUGCGACGAUUUUGAUAGUUCUAUGCGUAUUUUUACUUGGUACAGCCGAAGGAAUGGGUUUUCACCAAACUGGUGAAGUAGUGAAGUGGAGAGGAAUUCCAUUUGCCAUUGGGGUCUAUGGAUUUUGCUAUUCUGGUCAUUCGGUUUUCCCAAACAUAUACCAGUCUAUGGCAGACAAAAGAAAAUUCACUCCGGCGCUAAUUAUAUGUUUUCUCUUGUGCGUCCUAAUAUACGGGGGUGUUGCAGUCAUGGGAUAUCUUAUAUUUGGUCAAAGUGCAUUGUCUCAGAUAACUCUGAAUAUGCCAAAAGAUUCUGUUGUCUCGAGAGUCGCAUUGUGGACAACAGUUAUCAACCCAUUCACUAAGUAUGCUUUGUUGAUGAACCCAUUGGCAAGGAGUAUUGAAGAGCUGCUUCCGAUUCGAGUCUCGAAUAGUCCUUGGUGUUUCAUUCUUCUUAGGACGGCCCUUGUGGCUUCUUCUGUUUGUGCUGCAUUCCUUCUUCCUUUCUUUGGUCUUGUGAUGGCCUUAAUAGGUUCUCUCCUAAGCAUACUAGUGGCAGUAAUAAUGCCGGCAUUAUGCUUUCUAAAGAUAGUGGGGAAGAAAGCUACAACUGUUCAGAUUGUUUCGAGUAUCGCAAUUGUGGUGUUGGGCAUCAUCAGCGCAAUCCUCGGAACAUAUUCUUCAGUAUCGCAGAUCGCGAACAGCUACUGAAAGGACACUUUUAUGGGACAACACGAUUUGAGUAAGUUUAAAGGAGCUUUGUAUUCUUCCCUAAAGCUCCAAUUACUCUUCUUAAUUUGCGCUGAUAUUUUUACAGUACAGCUUUGUAAUGAAGUGUACUCGAACCUUAUAUCUUCAUUUACAACAUAGAAAGAGAUUAUAGAAUAUAUGUAUUUUUGCAUUCUACGAUUGG